AUGACCUCCCAGAGGAUCCUGAUAUACUUGCUCCGGCGGGACUUGCGGCUCUCCGAUCAUCCAAUCUUUCACGAACUACACAAGCUAUCACAGCAGCCACAAAAGCCUUUCACGCAUGUGCUGCCACUAUAUGUCUUUGCUGCUCAACAAGUUGAAGUCUCUGGGUUUCUCUGUGAUUCGGAGGCCAAGUCGCCUUUUCCAGAAGCCCGCUCAGAAGUGGGCAAAUUCUGGAGAUGCGGUCCUCAUCGAGCCAAGUUUCUCGCAGAAGCUGUCUGGGAUCUCAAGACUGAACUUGAGAAAUUGGGUAGUGGACUUCACAUUCGGGUAGGUAUGCUAGGGCAAGUUGUCAAGGAUAUUCUCGAGCAAGUCAAGCAAGAGAGCGAAGAAAUCUCGGUGGCGGCGAUCUGGAUGACGGAGGAGGAAGGUGUAGAGGAGAAGAGGGAGGAAAGAAAUGUCCGCAAAGAGGCCGAGAAGGCUGGCGUCGACUUCAAGCUGUGGCUGGACGAGAAAUACUUCAUUGAUGAUCGCGACUUGCCCUUUGAUAAGCCAACAGACCUCCCAGACGUCUUCACAAGCUAUCGAAAAUCAGUAGAGCCCCUGCGAGAUGCACCAAGAAAGACCGUGCCUCGGCCAUCAUCAUUACCAUCCAUGCCGCCAUCCGUACCUUCACAGCCUUUGCCAUUCUCAACACCCGACACGUACGAGGGACUCGAGUCCGCUUUGAUGAAACCACUCUUGGAAAAACCGCCACUCGCCAAUCCUACUUCAUUCCCAUCCCAUGUGGAGUCGGCACAUCCAUUCCAUGGUGGCUGUACUGCAGGCUUGAAACGGAUCCAGUCGCUGAUCGGCUCCGGGGCGAUGACAAACUACAAGAACACUCGGAAUGGUCUGCUGGGAACCGACUUUUCAACCAAACUCUCCGCUUGGUUGGCGCUUGGUUGCAUCACCGCCCGGCAAGUCCACGCGCAGUUGGUGGACUUUGAGGAUGGUCGGGACAGCCAGUACAAGGCGACUGAAGGGUAUGGCAAGGGAGAGAACAAAGGUACCGCGGCAGUCCGAUUCGAGCUGCUAUGGCGAGACUAUAUGCGGUUAUGUACGCGGAAAUUUGGCCCACGGCUGUUCCGGCUGGAAGGCUUUAGGAACGAUUGUUCAUAUCCCUGGAAAACCCCUGGAACCAAGUCUGGCGGUCCAGAGGUCGACUCGAUGAUUGAGCGUUUCCUCCGCGGUACCACGGGAACGAGCUUGAUCGAUGCAAGCCAGCGAGAACUGUUCCUCACGGGAUACACGAGCAACCGCGCACGACAGAACGUGGCUAGCUUCCUGGCCAAGCAUCUGGGUAUCAAUUGGAAAUUGGGCGCCGAAUGGUACGAGUGUAUGCUCACGGAUUAUGAUGUUAGUUCGAAUUGGGGUAAUUGGCAAUAUGUCGCUGGCGUGGGCAAUGAUCCAAGAGGCGAGGCGCGGGUGUUCAAUCCAGUCAAGCAGGCUUGUGAUUAUGAUCCGCAAGGCGAGUAUUGUAAGGCUUGGGUGGAGGAACUGCGUGCGCUCGAAGAGCCCCAGGAGAUUUUCCAGCCGUGGAAAGUCAGUACGGAGAAGAGAAGGAAACUCGAGCUUGAAGGGCUGGAUAUGGUUGAGCGGCCGUUGAAGAAGAUUGAUUUCAUAGUCGGUGGACGGGGAAGGAGUGGUCACGUUGGUGGUGGUAGAUACGGAGGCAGUAGUCGACCGAAAGCUAACGGUGGAGGUGCAGGGGGUAAAGGACGUGGUGGUGGCAAUUUCAGUGCGAGAGGAUGCUUCCGAGGACGAGGGAGGAACAAUGGAGCAGGUAGAGGCAAUGGUCAAUAUGGCCGACAAGGGAUGAUGGAUAAGGCUGGAGGAGAUGAUAUUGGGAUCGAGACGCAUGGAUAG